UGUAUCACUUUUGUGACUUUAACAUCUAAAAAAUCGGUGUUUAUAUACUGUAUGUGUUAAGAUUUCUCCUUUGUUUUAGCGUUUUUUUCCUCAGUAAAGUGCAGUUAUUCAGUUAUCCUCAUGUCUUUUAGUAGCUGCUUUGAAACAGCAGAGGCGCUGUGUGAAGCUGUGGAUCCGUGUUACGUGAUGGUCACAUGUCACCAAUGUGACGAAGCAGAGUAGGAAGUAAAGGACAUUUCUGUGCAGGAGAGGAGGAGGCAGAAAGUAAACAUGCAAAAUAGACAAUCUUUGAUAGUAACUCACAGGAUAAUGUAAUCUGUCGUCACUGUGUUUCAUGCAGAGAUGGUCUAUUUACCCAGAGUCUUGCAUCUUUUUUCGCGCACAACUGCAAGACGAGAAACAAUGUAAAAGUUCUCUCUUAAGUAGCAACUUUUAAACCUCUCACACACAACAUGCUUUACCAACAUUACCCGAGUAAAGCAUUUGUCUGCAGACUGAUUCUUCUUCGUGUUCAGUUUAAAAAAACACUUGUAACAAUGUCAACACCGGACUUCUCAGAAGACAGCUCGAAUAAGCGAGUCAAAGGUGACAGUAUGUCUAAGAUCAGUGAGGACAGGGGUGAAGCUCACCUCAGUGACGUCAGCAGCAGAGGGGAUGAAAACGACCCUGCUGCAAGAAAGUUUACAGAGGAAGAGAUGGCCAUCCACAGGGUCCAUAGAGAGGCUUGUGAGGCGAAGAAGCAGAUGUAUGUCGACCCUUCCAGUGGGUACAAGGUGUUCACAGAGUAUGCCCACCUUCAGAGAGGGAAAUGCUGUGGCAGCGCAUGCAGACACUGUCCAUAUGGCCAAGUCAACGUGAAGGACCCUGCGAUGAAGAAACACUUUAAUUCUCUAUUUUAUGUAUAAGCCUAACAGGCCAAAAGGUAAUAUGCAAGAUACUGUUUAGAAUGGAGCCCACCACAUGUUGCUUGUCUUCUGCCUGUCGUUAUUUGGACUACUUUGAGAGUCAUUUUUUAUCAGUGUACUAAAUGAUGAAAUAUGGGUAGUGUCUGUGCAAUACCUACCUCCUAUGAAUUACAAUUCUUAGGUUUUUUUUUUCCAUUCUCACAAGACAGGGAAGGAGGAGAAAGGAUUUGUUCACUAGAAACUCAUGUAAAAUAGUCUUUUAUCGCAUUUUUGUUGUGUUAUAUUUUUCAGAUAUUUUCUCUUGAAUGUCCAAUGAAAUGCCUUGAGCUUCA